AUGGCUGCAGAAGAGGAGACACAAAAACGUAUGGUCGAUCGGGUGAUUCUAUGUUACUUUGAUGUCAAUACAAGAGAUAUGGAGACAAAUGUGCAACGAAUACGCGAAGAAUUUCGAUCAAAUAUUCAUACUUUUCAUGAGUUUAACGAUUGGGAUGUCUGUAUCGAUUUUAUAACAGAUGCAAACGAAACUGAUAUCGUUUGUUUAUACACGAAAGAUGAAUAUUUGAGUGAUGAUCUUCUAUCAGUACUCAAUUCAAUUUAUCAACUUAAAUCGAUCUAUACAGUGUAUUAUGGUAUUCCAAGCCGUUACACUAACCAUCGUAAAGUGAUACCGAUUCAGUACGAUAGUGUACAGCAAUUGGCUCACAUUAAACAAAACCUCCGACAAAAAGCCAAUCAAAUGAUCAGCUUUCAAACUUUUCGUCUGAGCAAUGAUCGUAUGGAAGAUAUAUCUAAAUUAAAUCGUCUUGAUGCAUCUUUUAUGUAUUCCCAAUUGAUUAAAGAGAUGCUUAUUGAUACUGAACUAGAUUACGACGAUGAUUAUAUAGAAAUGUUUAUCGAAGCAUGUCGUACGGAAAACAGUGGUAAUACAACUCAAUUGGGAAAUAUAACACAAUUCAAAAAUACUUACAAACAACAUUCAGCACUUUGGUGGUACACAAAAGAGUCAUUUCUUUAUUCAGCUGUGAAUAGAGCCUUGCGUACGCAAGAUGUAACUAUGUUAUUUAUGAUGGGAUUUUUCAUUCAUGAUCUUCAUCAAGGCUUAGUUGAAUUACAAAAAAUCAAUAAAGAAAAGCAGUCGUUCUCAACACUCUAUCGUGGUCAAGGCCUGGCAGUUCAUGAUUUACAACGCCUACAACAGCAUAGUGCACGAGAUGAUCCAUUACACAUUGGUGUCCUUUUUCGAAUUCAGCUACAUCCGAUUAUUGCAGAAAAGCAUGGUUCUACAUCACCAUUUGCUCCCUUGAAAGAUGUUAGUUAUUAUCCACAUGAAGAUGAAAUACUUUUUUCGAUGCAUACAGUUUUUCGAAUUAAGAAUGCAGUUGAAAUCGAAGAAAAUCUUUGGCUAUUCGAUCUAGAUCUUACCAAUGAUCAAGAUGAACAACUCAAUGUUCUUCUCGACCAAUUAAGUUCCGAGAUCUAUGUAACAGAGGUAUUCAAUGUCGACAAAGUCGGAAAACUGUCUUUGUUGAUGGGCGAUUAUGAUGGAGCGCUAGAUGUCUAUAAUACCUUGCUAAAUAUGUUUCCCGACAAUUUAGUUCUUAGUUCGUAUGUUCAUCAUCAUCUCGGCUUAGUCUAUCAACAAAUGCACCGAUUGGACGAAGCGAUUCAUCAUUACUUAAAAGCGAUUGACAUUCGUCGCUCAUUUGGGAAUGACGAAAAUAAUGAUCGUUAUUCAAUGGUGACUUAUGCAAAUCUUACUGAUAUCUACAAGGAGAAAGGUGACUUGGAUCAAGCUCGAGCAAACUGUGAACGUGCACUGGCGUUAUUCGCGCAAAAGAAAAAUAAUGAAGAAUCUGAUCCAAUUAUGUAUUGUUACCAUUUGUCCAAUUUGGCACUUGUUCAACAUGCUGAAAAUAAUGUGGAUGACGCUUUAAAAAACUAUAAAAAAGUCAUCGAACUACGUCUGAAACAUCUACCUUCAAACCAUCCUGACUUAUGCUUAGCUUAUAGUAAUUUAGCAGUAGUUUGCGGAUCGAAGAAAGAUUAUUCUUUAGCUGUCGAGUAUCUUCAACAAGCAUUGGAAGUCGCUGAACGAUCGCUACCAGAUAAACAUGAUACAUUAGCUGUAACCCAUUACAAUAUCGGUGUAAUGAAUGAGAAUUGGAAGAAAUACGAUGAAGCUUUGAAACAUUUCCAGAAAGCUGUGGAAAUUGCACGAGCCUUACCUUCAUUCGACAGCGAGAAACUCGCGAGCUGGAUCCAAGCCAUGGAUGAAGUACGCGAAAAUUUGACUAGUUUUCACGAGUAG